CAGCAUUACGAAAAAGGCGGUAUGAAGAACAAAAUUCUGAAAGUUAAUAUAAUCGAGGAAAGCAAUGAAAAUGAUAUAGUACUUGUGGAAGCUGGAAAUGAAAAUGUAGUAUUUCCGUUGGAAAAAAAUUGUUUGCAAACUGAGUGUAAAAAGCGACGAGGCACUAAAAGUAUCAUAACACCACGAUUGUUAGCAGCAUUAAACAAUGCCAAAGUGUCAGAUGGUAUGGCCGUACAUAUUUUAGUAGCCGCUGCUGAAGCUUUGGGUCAUUGUGUGGAAGAACUUGUUAUUAAUCGAUCAACAAGUCGUCGUAUGCGUCAACAAAAUCGGUCUGCAGAAUUCAAAGAUAUUUCUACUGAAUUUAAAGAAAAGGCCAAUGCAAAUGGAGCACUAGUUGCUCAUUUUGUUGGGAAGUUCAUGACAGAUAUAAAAGGUCGUAGUAAAGUGGAAAGAAUUGCUGUUUUAAUUAGCUACGAUAAAACAUCGGAAUUUCUUGGAGCACCAAAGAUACAGUCGUCGACUGGUGCAAAUAUUUCUGAAACUGUUUAUCAGAGAUUAGUCGAUUGGAACAUUGUUGAACUUGUUAAAGGCAUAUCUUAUGAUACAACUGCUGUCAAUACUGGUGUUAAAAAUGGAGCCGCAGUCCUUUUGGAAAAAAAAACUGCAACGCAAUCUCACGCACCUACCAUGCCGUCAUCAUAUGUACGAAAUUAUUUUGCGCAACGUUUUUGAAUCAAAGAUGAUGUCAAACUCAGCUCCAGAAAUACUCUUGUUUGAACGAUUUGUGAA